AUGUGCACAGGACAACGAAUAGACAUUCAAACGGAUAAAAAAUUAAUUAAAAAUUUAAUGAUAGUGUCUCUGAUGUUAUUAUUAACAAUAACAAAAAGUUCAUGCUAUGAAUUUCAACCAUCACUUGGUCAACAAUAUAUUCAUUUUCCAACAAGUACAAAUAAUAGUUUAGCACAAGAACAUUUUAUUUUAGGUCUUGCUUUUCUGCAUAAUUUUUUGUAUUCAUUUGCAUUUGAACAAUUUAAACAAGCUUAUACUAUUGAUUCAGAAUUUGCUAUGGCCUAUGCAUUUUCAUCUUUAACUUAUUCAAAACCUGUAUGGUUAAAUGAAAAUCCUACAGAAAGUUGGAAACAAAUAAAAUUAAUGAAUUCAAAAAUUUCUUUUGAAAACUUAACACAAAGAGAACAACUCUAUGUUACAGCUGUAAGAAAAUUCUUUAAUCAAGGAAAUAUACAUUACGAUGAUUAUAUUAAUGUUUUAAAACAAAUAUAUCAAUUAUUUCCAACAGAUAAUGAAGCAGCUUUAUUUUUAGUUUGUAUUUUAUUUGCAAAAACUCAACCAGAAAUUCGUGGUUAUUUAAAUCGCAAUCCAAAUGAUCGUCAAUUACAAAUAGAUAUUUUAAAAACGAUCUUAAAAAAUAAUCCAAAUCAUCCAGGUGCAUUACAUUAUUCUAUUCAUGUUUAUGAUGAACCAAAAAGUGCUUUAUUUGCUCUACCAAAUGCAAUACAAUACUCUCGUAUAGCACCAAGUUCACCACAUGCUCAACAUAUGCCAACACAUAUUUAUCUUCGAUUAGGAUUAUAUAAAGAAACAUUAAUUGGAAAUUUGGAAUCAGAUGAAGUUGGAAUAAAUAAUGGGGUCAAUUCUGAACGAGAGUAUCAUAGUAUUGAAUUUAUGCAUUAUGCAUAUUUAAAUAUGGGAAGACAAUCAAUUGCUUUAGAAAUUUUAGAAAGUAUCAAGAUGUUAUUCAGUACUGACACUUAUUAUCGAAUGCAAUACGGUAUUAUGUAUGAUCGACAUAUUGUAGAAACACAAGACUAUACUUUUACAUUUAAUAAUCCAUUUGAUUUAAUUGUAUGUUCGGAAUGUAUAACACUAGGUGAUAUACUUUGGCUGAAUCAAAUUAAUUCUGGAUUGUUACUUGUGAAGGGAUUUUCUACAGUUAAAAAUGAUAAAGAAUAUAAAUUAAUUAUAGUCGAAGGAUAUAUUCAACAAUUAGCAGAUAUGUCAAUAAAAUUAAAUAAAACAUUUCCUACACUUUCCAUUUCGAUACUAGCUAUGAAAUUACAAUUACAAGCGUUUCAUGAAUAUUACAGAAUUGCUAUAACACAGAAGGAAAAAAAUAUUGCAUUGAAUUAUGCUAAGAAAGCAACUGAACUUGAAUUAUCUGUAAAUCCACCAACUUAUGGUCCUCCAAUUGAUCCUGUUAAACCUAGUCAAGAACUUUAUGGUGAAUUACUUCUAGAACAACAACAAUAUGAAAAGGCAAUCGAUGAAUUUUUAAAUGUUAUGACAUAUUUUCCUAAUAGAACAUUGACACUUCUUGGAUUAGCAAGAGCAUAUUCUUCACUUAAAAAAACGGAUUUGGCUUAUCUUUAUUAUUCUCGUUUAAUCAAUAAUAUGCUCUAUAAUUCAGAUGUUGGUUUACAAUGGUACGAUGAAGCAUAUGAUUAUUUAGCAACACAUUUAGAAAAGAAAUCUAAUUGGAGUAUGAAUUGGAAGUUUGGUGGAAUCAUAAUUACAAUUUCUUUUGUUAUUGGUAUAUUUGUUACAUUAUCUUUUAUGAUAUUAGUUCGAAAAUGUUCUCGUCAAAAUCAUCAACGUUAUCAAUCUUUCAAUUGA